AUGGCGGAUGUUGAGAAUGGCUCUUCGCAGGAGCCAAAUCGGACAUCUGUGGUACUGCCGCAGGGAGACAACAAAGAGAACACUGUCGAUACCUCAACAUCUGCUGAGACUGAAGAUGUUGUCGAGGAAGACACCAAGCCUUCUCUUCCUCUCGAAUCACAAAGGCAGAAAAUUGAUAUAGAGGAAGUUACAGACUCCAAUUCACCACAGAUCAAAGUAGACUCCACCGAAGUAACAGAGACCGCGGACAAACCUCCGAGUCCUCCGAACGACGCCGAUGAUGUUGAAGGUCCCGAGAAGCACGGCUCCCCUCAACCGGAAUCAAAAGCAGACGACGUCGCUAGUUUGGGAAACGAUCAGGCGGAGACUGCUCCAGGAGACUCUGUGGGCGACAAGCAGGAUGGCGACCCUAUACCCCAGUUUGAGCUUACACCAGAUACCCGACUGCGCUCGGACUCGAGAUCAACGACUGCUACGUAUGCCACUCAGCGCUCCGUGACUGUCAGCUCUGCGGUGUUCAUAGUCAACGCUCUCGAGACAAUUGGGGCGUCCAAGGAUGCCAAGAAGAGCAAAGUACUUGAUGAUGCCGUAAAGAGCGCGUUGGCGAACGUUAAGCAAUCAGACCGUCAGCCGAUCGACCCGGAGCUUAUAUUUCGCCCUCUUCAGCUUGCGACAAAGAGCUUCAGCAUCCCGUUGCAAGUCACAGCGCUCGACUGUAUCGGGAAACUCAUAACUUACUCUUACUUUGCCUUUCCAUCAUCUCAGGAUCACAAGGGCUCGGAAACCGAGGCCACGCCAGAACAGUCUCCUCUCAUAGAACGGGCAAUCGAUGCCAUCUGUGACUGCUUCGAGAACGAAGCCACUCCCAUUGAGAUACAGCAACAAAUUAUCAAGUCACUUCUUGCGGCAGUCCUGAACGAUAAGAUUGUGGUACACGGAGCUGGUCUCCUAAAGGCUGUCCGCCAGAUAUAUAACAUCUUCAUCUACUCCAAGUCUAACCAAAACCAACAGAUUGCCCAAGGGUCAUUGACACAGAUGGUCAGCACAGUGUUCGACAGGGUUCGUGUGAGACUUGAGCUGAAAGAAUUACAUUUGCGUGAAGGGGAAAAGGGACAGGAGAAUACACCUGACGCUGCGACAGCUGAAACGGUUGAGGUGCCCCUGUCAACCGAUCAGGAUCAGGCAUCCGAUGCAGCCUCUGUUGUAGCACCCGAUCAACCCGUCGCGAAGGAGCCUGGGGAAAAGCUUACUCUGCAAAGUUUCGAGUCAGGCAAAGAUGUCACGUCGGUCGCUGAUAACGCGCCCACAAUGGUUACCCGCGCCAAGCUUGGCCAAAAAAGGACGCAGUCAUUGUCAAGCACAUCCGGGGAAGACAGGGAAGACGGCGACGGAGCUACCGACGAUGAUGAGGACGAGAUCUACAUCAAAGACGCUUUCCUAGUAUUUCGAGCUCUAUGCAAACUGAGCCAUAAAAUCCUCAGCCACGAACAGCAGCAAGAUCUCAAAUCUCAGAAUAUGAGAUCCAAGUUGUUGUCCUUGCACCUCGUUCAUUACCUCAUCAACAAUAAUGUCGCGGUCUUCACCUCCCCGCUCCUAACCAUCAGGAAUAGCUCCAACAGCUCCGAUGCUAUGACGCUUCUGCAAGCUGUUCGGCCCCAUUUGUGCCUCAGUCUGAGUCGAAACGGGUCGAGCUCAGUGCCCAGGGUUUUCGAGGUUUGCUGCGAAAUCUUCUGGCUCAUGUUGAAGCAUAUGAGAGUGAUGAUGAAGAAAGAGCUUGAGGUCUUCUUGAAAGAGAUUUACCUGGCUAUUCUCGAAAAACGGAACUCGCCUGCUUUUCAGAAGCAGUACUUUAUGGAGCUCGUGGAGCGACUGGCCGAUGAUCCUCGUGCAUUGGUGGAGAUAUAUCUGAAUUAUGACUGUGAUCGCACAGCGCUGGAGAAUAUCUUUCAAAACAUCAUUGAACAAGUUUCACGAUACUCGAGCGUACCUGUCGCAGUUUCCGCAGUCCAACAGCAGCACUAUCAAGAACACCAUGUCAAGGUAUCAAAAGUGGGCGCAGAUUGGCAUCAAAGCGGGACUCUACCUCCGACACUCACGACAGCGCACAUAGCCAGUAUUCAGCAGCCAACUUCCCAAAACGUGCCGUCUGAGUAUAUUCUGAAGAACCAGGCGCUGGAAUGUUUAGUGGAAAUUCUACAGUCACUUGAUAACUGGGCCUCUCAGCGAAUUGAUGACCCAGCCACUGGGGUUACAAAUCUGUUGUCCCAGAAAUCCAUCGAUAAUUCCAGAGAGUCGAUAGACACCAACGCUGCGACCUUUUUAUCCUCUCCAAGGGUCGAGGGUACCGAUGGCAGUACUGGUCGGUCGACACCCGUGGCAGAGGACGAUCCAAGCCAGAUCGAGAAGGUCAAGCAGAGGAAAACUGCGCUGAUGAAUGCAAUUCAGCAAUUCAACUUCAAGGCCAAGCGGGGGAUCAAGCUUUUCAUACAAGAGGGCUUUAUACGUUCGAACUCGCCCGAAGACAUUGCAAGUUUCCUGUUUCGCAAUGAGCGAUUGGAUAAGGCCAUGAUAGGGGAAUAUCUUGGUGAAGGUGAUGCCGAGAACAUUGCCAUUAUGCAUGCAUUUGUGGACCAAAUGGACUUCUCUAAGCGACGUUUUGUGGAUGCACUUCGUCAAUUCCUGCAACACUUUCGAUUGCCUGGGGAGGCCCAGAAGAUUGAUCGUUUCAUGCUCAAGUUUGCCGAGCGCUACGUGACUCAGAACCCGAAUGCUUUCGCCAAUGCAGACACUGCGUACGUGUUGGCUUACUCGGUCAUUAUGCUCAAUACAGAUCAGCAUAGCGCUAAGAUCAAGGGUCGCCGCAUGACUAAAGAGGACUUCAUCAAGAACAAUCGGGGCAUCAACGAUAACCAAGACUUGCCCGAUGAGUAUCUGGGGUCCAUAUUUGAUGAGAUCGCGAACAAUGAGAUUGUGCUCGACACUGAACGAGAGCACGCUGCAAAUCUGGGCAUUCCCACGUCCACCACAGGCGGCUUAGCUUCUAGGGCAGGACAGGUCUUCGCAACGGUAGGAAGGGACAUCCAAGGCGAAAAGUAUGCCCAAGCAUCUGAAGAAAUGGCCAAUAAGACGGAGCAGCUCUAUCGAAGUUUGAUUAGGGCGCAGCGGAAGACGGCCGUUAGAGAGGCCCUCUCACGCUUCAUCCCCGCGACUUCGGUACGGCAUGUUGGAUCUAUGUUCAACGUGACUUGGAUGUCUUUCCUUUCCGGGGUGUCUGCUCCCAUGCAAGACACACAGAAUAUUGAAACCAUUAAGCUCUGCAUGGAAGGAAUGAAACUGGCGAUACGUAUCAGUUGCGCUUUUGAUCUGGAGACUCCCCGGGUCGCAUUCGUAACGGGACUUGCCAAAUUCACAAAUCUGGGCAAUGUCAGGGAGAUGGUACCAAAGAAUGUUGAGGCUUUGAAGGCGCUGCUCGACGUGGCGCUUACCGAAGGGAACAACCUGAAAAGUUCCUGGAGAGAAGUCCUCACCUGUGUCAGCCAGCUCGACCGGCUUCAACUCCUCACUGAUGGCGUUGAUGAAGGUUCAUUGCCCGAUCCAUCACGCGCCCGUAUUGUACCACAAACUCCAUCUGAUGGAUCCCGCAGAUCUAUGCAGGCAUCAAGACGUCCUCCCCGUCCGCGGUCAGUAAACGGACCUACAGCUUUCCGUUCUGAGGUUGCUAUGGAAAGUCGAUCCGCAGAAAUGAUACGCGGAGUGGAUCGCAUCUUCACAAAUACCGCAAAUCUCACUCAUGAGGCUAUCAUUGACUUUGUUCGCGCUUUAAGCGAAGUGAGUUGGCAGGAGAUUCAAUCUUCGGGUCAGACAGAGUCCCCUCGAACAUACAGCUUGCAGAAGCUCGUUGAAAUCAGCUAUUACAACAUGACCAGGGUCAGGAUAGAGUGGUCGAAGAUCUGGGAAGUUCUUGGACAACACUUCAAUCAGGUUGGAUGCCACACUAACACUACCGUGGUGUUCUUUGCACUGGAUUCCCUUCGGCAGCUUUCGAUGCGUUUUCUGGAGAUCGAAGAGCUUCCUGGUUUCAAAUUCCAAAAGGACUUUCUCAAGCCGUUUGAGCAUGUGAUGGCCAAUAGUAAUGCUGUUACUGUGAAGGAUAUGAUCCUUCGAUGCCUGAUACAGAUGAUCCAAGCACGUGGAGAUAAUAUCCGCUCAGGCUGGAAAACAAUGUUCGGCGUCUUCACAGUCGCUGCCCGAGAGCCAUACGAGGGCAUUGUCAACAUGGCGCUCGAACAUGUCACUCAAAUCUACAACACGCGGUUCGGUGUGGUCAUUACACAGGGAGCUUUCCCUGACCUAAUCGUUUGCCUCACGGAGUUUUCCAAGAACAUGAGAUUCCAGAAGAAGUCUUUGCAAGCGAUCGAGACCUUGAAGUCCACUGUCACGAAGAUGCUCAGGACACCGGAGUGUCCUCUAUCACACCGUGGAACUACAUCGGAAGGCGGUCAGGACGAUGGAACGAACCUGGCCAAACAAUUAUCACGGCAGUCUCAAGAAGAGCAAUUCUGGUAUCCUAUCUUGAUUGCCUUCCAGGAUGUAUUAAUGACAGGUGAUGACCUUGAGGUGCGAUCAAGAGCAUUGACUUAUCUUUUCGACACACUGAUCCGCUAUGGAGGCGACUUCCCUCAAGAAUUUUGGGAUGUCUUGUGGAGACAGCUUCUCUAUCCUAUCUUCGUCGUCCUUCACUCCAAAUCGGAGAUGUCCAAGGUGCCAAACCAUGAAGAACUCUCCGUGUGGCUGUCAACAACAAUGAUACAAGCCUUGAGGAAUAUGAUUACACUUUUCACGCAUUAUUUCGAUGCGCUGGAAUAUAUGUUGAGUCGUAUACUCGAGCUUCUUACACUAUGCAUCUGCCAAGAAAACGACACAAUUGCGCGGAUCGGUAGCAAUUGCUUGCAACAACUGAUUCUGCAAAAUGUUGCGAAGUUCAAGCAGGAACACUGGACCAAGGUUGUAGGUGCUUUCGUGGAGCUUUUCAGCAGGACCACGGCCUACGAGUUAUUCACAGCCGCCGCCUCGAUAUCUUCGAAGCCAGCUUCGAUCAAGAACGGGAACGGCGAGGCAUCCAACGAGGAUGACUUGCACAAGCCGGAGCAAGAGACAGCCGAGUCAACGCCUCUCCGGGAAACUCCAUCGGACGCCCCAAGGGUGAAUGGGUCGCAGCCUGUGACUUCUGAGCACGAGGAGGGCGACAUGCCUGCCGCGUCGAACCCCGAGUUGGAAGAUUACCGCCCGCAGGCCGAAACCCAACAACAACCCGCUGCCGUGACCGUUGCGCGGCGCCGGUUCUUCAAUCGUAUCAUAACAAACUGUGUGCUUCAGCUACUUAUGAUUGAGACUGUCCACGAACUGUUUUCGAACGACAAAGUCUAUGCUGAGAUCCCAAGCCACGAACUUCUCCGUUUAAUGGGGCUGCUCAAGAAAAGCUAUCAGUUCGCGAAAAAGUUCAACGAGGACAAAGAGCUCCGGAUGCAGCUCUGGCGCCAAGGCUUUAUGAAGCAACCGCCCAACCUGCUUAAACAGGAAAGUGGCAGUGCUGCUACAUAUGUUCACAUCCUUUUCCGCAUGUACCACGAUGAGCGAGAAGAACGAAAGAGCAGCCGCGGGGAAACAGAGGCUGCGCUUAUUCCUCUCUGCGCCGAUAUUAUCCGAAGCUUCGGCCGACUCGAUGAAGAUUCUCAGCACCGAAACAUAGUGGCCUGGCGCCCUGUGGUUGUAGAUGUCAUCGAGAGCUACACCAACUUCCCGUCUGAAGGUUUCGAUAAACAUGUCGAGACUUUCUACCCAUUAGCGGUGGAUCUAUUGGGCCGCGACCUUAACCCGGAAAUCCGCCUCGCUCUUCAGUCCCUGCUUCGAAGAAUCGGAGAAGCAAGGCUGGGUAUCGCUGCUGUGCAGACACCCAUCAGCCCCAGGAGCUCUAUCUCGCAGCACCACUCCCGCAGGUAUAGUCGGGAUCAUUAG